AUCCAUAAGGUCACGAUCUGCGCGCAAAGCGUGUCACGAGCUGAGGUGAACAGAUUGCGGAAAGGGAACAUGCGCGCAAGACCGGAGCAUUGCGAGUGGCUGUGGAGUUUGUUUACUUUCUCCUUUUGAUGUGGGCGAAAGAAUUCGAUGCUCUUCGCUUAUGCCGCUUGAAAAAGUGUAUUUUUAAUUUUUUAUGCACUGUUUCACAUAGGAGAUGAUUUUUUUAACAAUAGUUGCAAUUUUACCUCAGAUUUCCUUGCAGACUGCACAAAGAGAAGAUGGACAUUGUGUUAUGCAUAACCGUUGCAUGGGAGAAUUUGGAGAAGCUCCCUGUGUUUAUAAUGGUCCUCCAAAACCUUUAGAACCUGAUUUUAUUGAGGAAAUGAAUAUUUCAUCAUUUCAGCUUCUGAAAAAUCUGUGCCCAGAUUUUGUUUAUGAUAAUGAUCCUCAUGUUUGCUGCAGCACUGAACAGUUGGUAGCAUUCCAUGGACAAAUGGAAUUAGUAGAAGUAUUAGGAUUUUCACGGUGUCCAUCCUGUUUUCAUAACUUUCGCCGAAUCAUUUGCUAUUUGUCCUGUACACCAUGGCAAAGUAGAUUUCUUCGGGUAAAUCGCAGCCGGGAAUAUGAGACUGGUGAAGUAGUAGUUGAAGAAGUUGUUUAUUAUGUUUCAAAACAAUAUGUCUACAGUCUUUAUGAUUCUUGUAAAGGAUUGCAAGGUUUAACUCCUGGUUCUUUUAUCAUGGAUUAUGGAGUGUGUGGUUCAUGGGGGAGUGCACACUGUAGUCCUGAACGUUGGACAGAGUUUAUGGGAUCAACUCCUGAUGAAGGUGCUUUUUCUCCAUUCAAAACUCACUAUGAAUUACAUGUUGAAAAUACUGUGUAUCAUGAUGGACAAGUUUUCUACCCCAUGAGAGCACCAUCUUCUAAAUGUUCUGAAUCUCCUGGACCAGGAUUUGAUGCAUGUUCUUGCAGUGAUUGUAAAGAUGCAUGUUCUGUUGCUGUCUUACAAUCUCCAGACCUUCCACCAGUUUCUGAACCUUUUUCAUUACUUAAAAUUGAUGGUGCAACACUUAUUGCUGUCUUAAUUUUUGUUCUAUUAUUUAUAAUCGUCACUUUCAUUUUUUGCUGCAUUAAGACUUCAGAUCCAGUAUUGUCACAAGCUAUACCAUUGCAAACAAGCAAUGGUUUGCCAUCUGGUGUGAACCUUGGUUCGCUAGAAGAAAUUAAACCUUUGCGGUCUAAAUCUAAUUCUGGAGCUAUUUCUGAAAGAGAAAGAAGGAGAUUAUCUAAAAAACUUCACAAAGAACCGUCCAAGUUCCAGAAGUUGGGGGGUUGGCUGGAAGAGUAUAUAGAAAAGAAAUUUGUUUUAUGGGGGGAAUUGGUCUCGAGAACACCCAUUACAAUUAUGAUUAUCUCUCUAUGUGUCUGUCUGAUUCUUUCCUCAGGCCUCAUAUUCAGUUUUGAUGUAACCACAAAUCCAGUUGACCUUUGGGUAUCUCCUCAUAGUCAAGCAAGACAAGACAUGGAAUAUUUUAAUAUUCAUUUUGGGCCAUUUUAUAGAAUUGAACAAAUUAUCAUCACACCAGUCAAUCAAAAUAGUUUUCAGCAUCUUGCAGUCAUAAAUCAUGAAAUAAUGAAUGUUACUUGGGGUCCAGUCUUUGAGCAAGAGUUUUUAUUAGCCGCUUUAGAUCUCCAACUUCAAAUUCAGAAUCUGACAGCUUCUUUAGGUAACUCGACAAUACAGCUUAAAGAUGUAUGUUUAGCUCCUCUGAAACCUCUCAAUGCAGAAUGUGCUAUUCAAAGUGUGUUUGGAUUUUUUCAGUCAAAUGCUGAUCGCCUGCAGGACAAAAUGAGAUAUCUCUCCCAUUUCAAAAGUUGUUCUUUAAACCCUCAAGAUCCUAAGUGUUUUGCACCUUAUGGAGGUCCACUUGAUUCUGUUGAUGUAGUUCUUGGAGGGUUUCAGAAUUCUGAGUAUGAGACAGCUCAGGCUCUAGUAAUCACUAUUCCUCUCCCCAAUUUCUAUGAUGCUAAUAAAAAUUUAAAUUCAAGACUUUGGGAAUCUGAAUUUCUUGACUUCAUGCAUAAUUUUUCACAUCCACUGAUGAAUAUUGCUUUUAAAGCAGAGAAAUCAGUACAAGAUGAAAUAGAAAGAGGAAGUCAUUCUGAUCUUUUUACAGUAGCCAUCAGUUAUAUAUUGAUGUUCUUUUACAUCACCAUCUCUCUUGGAGAAUAUCAUGAGUGCAAAACAUUAUUUGUGGAAUCAAAAUUUAUUCUAGGUUUCUUUGGAGUUCUCAUUGUACUUGUAUCUGUGAUUUCUUCCCUUGGCCUUUUCUCUUUCAUAGGGGUGCCAGCUACACUUAUAAUAGUUGAAGUCAUUCCAUUCUUGGUGUUAGCUGUUGGUGUUGAUAAUAUUUUUAUACUGGUUCAAGCUUUUCAAAGAGAAGAAAGAAAACCGAAUCAGAGUUUGGAAGCAAGAAUCAGCUAUGUUGUAGGAAAAGUUGCCCCCAGCAUGUUGUUAUCGAGUAUUUCAAUGUCUAGUUGCUUUUUUAUAGGUACUUUGACAGAAAUGCCAGCUGUACGCUUAUUUGCUUUAUAUGCUGGAGUGGCAUUGCUUGUAAAUUUUUUCCUGCAAAUGACUUGUUUCUUAGGCCUGUUUAUCUUAGAUUCCAGGAGACAAGAAAGUCAGAGGUUGGAUGCUUGUUGCUGCAUUGUGGCAUCAAAAAAAUCCAAAUCUCAUUAUUCAUUGAAAGAAGGAUUGAUGUAUAAAACUUUUAAGAACCUUUAUGCACCUUUCCUCAUGAAAGAUUCUGUAAGAUACCUUGUGAUGGUAGGAUUUAUGGCAUGGAUCUGCACCUCGCUUGCAGUUUUGAAUAAAAUUGAUAUUGGAUUUGACCAAAAACUUUCAGUUCCAGAGGAUUCUUACAUGUUGAAAUAUUUUGAUUAUCUUGAAAAAUACCUCUCUGUUGGACCACCUGUUUAUUUUGUUGUAACUGAUGGGUAUAACUAUUCUGAUCCAGAUGCUCAAAAUAAAGUCUGUUCAUCUCGUAAGUCAUGUGAUCCUGAUUCUCUUACUACUUAUCUAGGUCGGAUGGCAAUACUCAAAAACAGAACGUACAUAGCCUUUCAACCACUAUCAUGGGUAGAUAGUUACUUUGAGUAUUUACAAGCAAAAUCUUGCUGUUUUAAGUUUAGAAAAAACGGAACACAUUGCCCAUCUUAUAUAGGCUCUCAGUUCGGAGAAUUGUGUAAACCUUGUUACGUCCGAAAUACUUCUUCUCUGACAGAAGAAGCUUUUAACCAAAGACUUAUGUAUUUUCUCUCUGAUUCUCCAUGGGAAAAAUGCCCAAAAGGAGGAAAAGCUAUGUUUGGUUCAUCUGUAGAACUUUUGAUGGAAGGAAAUGUAACCAAGAUUGGAGCUACACAUUUUAUGACAUAUCACACUGUUUUGAAGACAUCAAAGGAUUUUUAUGAAGCUUUGGAUUGGUCACGAAAGAUCUCGGAAAAUGUAACUAAAACUAUUGCUUCCAGUAAUCCAAAUGUAAGAGUUUUCCCAUACAGCUUGGUGCAUGUUUUCUAUGAGCAAUACUUGACAAUGUGGCCUGAUACGCUUAGAAGCCUGGGCUUAUCAACUUUAGCUGUGUUUGUUGCAACAUUCCUUUUACUGGGCCUGGAUAUUCAUUCCGCAGCUAUUGUUGCUGUGACCGUUAUUGCCAUUGUUAUUAAUCUUAUGGGCUUAAUGUAUUGGUGGAAUAUAUCUUUAAAUGCUGUAUCCUUGGUGAACCUUGUUGUAGGGGUUGGCAUAUCUGUAGAAUUCUGUUCUCAUCUCACAAGGAGUUUUGCCUUAAGUGAGAAGAAAUGUCAUACACUGAGAGCACAAGAUGCUUUAUGCCAAAUGGGAACAUCGGUUUUAUCAGGUAUCACAUUAACAGAUUGUGGUAUUCUAGUCUUGGCAUUUGCAAAAUCCCAGAUUUUCCAAAUAUUCUACUUCAGAAUGUAUCUGGGUAUUAUAGCUUUUGGAACUAUUCAUGGUUUGAUAUUCCUGCCAGUUCUUCUAAGCAUUUUUGGUCCUCCUACCCGUUGGAAAAAAUCAAAGAGACCUGAAGCAUUUGAAUGUAAAGUUGAUUUAACUGAAGCAUCUCUAACAAAUGCUUAAUUAGGUUAUAUAUUAGGAUUCGCCAAUGUGAUUCAUAUUAUUACUGUAUUUCUUCCAUGUCAUGAGCAUGUUGUUGAUCUAUAAUAAUGGUCAUCAUGUAAAUAUUCAUUGGAAAAUAAUAUGUUUUUCCAUAAAUAUUUAUAGGGAAUUUGAGUUUCUCAUCUGUUCUGAAAUACUAAGCUUACAAGACAUUGAUUCUGCUUUUACUUUAAUUCAUUCCAUAAAACAAUUUUUGUUAAAUAUAAUUUGAUUACCUCACUAUAAAUUCUAUUUUUAGUCUUAUUUACAAUUAUGUGCCAUCCAUUGUCAUCCCACUGAGAUCUUGUGCCGUCCAUUUUUAUAAUAAAAUAUUUUUAUGUCCAAAGUAAUAUGGACUCAAAUUUAAUAAACUGCACUUUUGGGGAGAUCAUUUUCCAGGCAAAUGUUAUUUAGAGAAAAGAAACAAAAUGCUGAGAUAUUUCAUAAUAGAAUUUUACUUAGAGUAUGAGCUAAAUCUGAUGCUAUUGUGAAAUUUAUUUUCCAAUUAAAAUUUUGUUCAUUUCUGAGUUGCAAUCAGAAUGUCAAAAAUUAUGAUUGAUGGUUGUGUGUAAUUAAAUUAAAAUUACAAAAGAAAUUUUAUUUCAAAAGAAAUAAAAUUUCAAAUCUUGUUAUUUUUAAGAAUUCAUUUUAUUACUCAUUUAAAAUAUAUUUUUUCUUCAGUGGAUUAGUGUAAGAUCAGGAUUUAUGUGACUAUAAUUGUGCAUUAAACUUCUUUUGUAAAAAGAUUAUGAAGUUUUUUGUUUGAUAGUUGAUAAACAUUUUUCUACCAAAAAUUUGAAUGCUUAAUGAGCUUUGUUUAAAAACAUAAGUAAGUCAGUUUUCAUCUUAUUCAAGUAAUAAUUCUGUAAUAAUUAAGAAUUUAAAACAAAUAAUAAUGCUUUAAAAUUUUACAAGGCCACAGGCUUUGCUGAGUUACUCUGAACCAAAUUUUUAAAUUGAAUAACAUUAGUUUAGGAAAAUAUGAGGCCAGUAAAUACAUAGGAAUAAUUGUAAGGUGCAUUAAAAGUUUUUUAGGUUUUUAAAUAGUUUUAUUAUUUCUAGUCUAUUUCAGUGCCACCAGUCCCGUCCUAAAUCAGAAAUGCAAAAGUGUGCUUCAUGAGAUAAUCAUUUAAUAUUAACUAUGUAAUAUUAUGCUAAGUUUUUAUCAGCUUUGGUGAAAGCAAGAGAAAUUCAUUCUAAACUAAAACUUUUAUUCAAUAUCUGGAGCUACUUAAAUUUAGUUUUAGAUUCAGAAUACAUAUUCAGAUUAUGAAUUAUAGAUGAGUAAUUUUUAACGAUUAAAUGCCUUUAAAUUAAAUAAUUGCAGCACUUACCCCUGCACCUAUAAAUAUCCCAAAAUAUUCACAUGUACUCUUAAAAGAGUUGUAAUUAUUAAAAAUAAAUUGAAUAUUUUGUGGAGAGAAAUCAUUAAAAGAUAAGUAAAUGUAUAAUAUACAUAAUCAUUAACAGGAAAUUUAAAUAUAUCAUCCUUUAGUGUGUAUAAAUCUUUUUGUUUAUAACACAUUUGAAGAAAAUUCUUGAGUUUUAAUGAAAAAUGCCGUUUAAUUAAUAAUAAAAUAGAAUGCUACUAGUUUAAUAUGAAUUAAGCAUUCUGCAUUUUAUUUGUCUUCUGUUUAAAAAAUAAAAAGGCUCUAUUUAUUGCCUGAAUAUUGUUUUAUUUUAUGUUAAGAAUUGCAUUUAUAUUUUUUCAUGCAGUUAUUAUGCUAUUUUUUAA